AUGAGUGCCAACGAAGCCAAAGCAGCUUAUGUUCUUCGACUUCUGAAGAAGAUCAAAGAAGUCAACAAGGGAUGCGAUACUGGUGAUUGGAUGCAGGGAGAUCUUGGCGAUCGUUUACUGCCGAAAUUUGCUGUGAUCGGGCUUUAUCCCUGUGACCGGCAGCUCAGACCCAAGAAUUUAUCAGACGAUGACGAUGCCAGUGGAACGUCCAUCGGCGAAGAAGAGCUUCUCUCCGACGGUUCGCUCACGCACAGCACUUCUGAUGUGGAGUAUUUGGACGCCGUAGAUGACAAACGCAUCUCGAGGCGCGUCUAA